GUAGGCAAGUAACAGAGACAGUUUAAUGUCCUAACCAGGUAACAAAUGUGGAGGAGGUUGCUGCAGAAGGGAGCUACCUGCAUGUUGCAGGUGGCAGACCAGAGAUUUCUCCAGCAGAGACACUUCUCAUCAGUCUGUGUGAGACUCCACCAGAGGCUUCUUCACAGACAACCUCCUUGCCUCCUCCUCCUUCCCAGUUGCACCAGGGCUUACAAAAAGGACGCCAAGUCCACCGUGGAGUUUCCUGCGAGCCUCAUCACGGUCACAGACGUCAAACAGUAUCUCCGCUCCAAAGACAUUGCCUUCCACGAUGGCUACAGCUGCCUCCACGUCCCGAGCGUCUUCGUCGAGCCGUCCGAGAGGAGGGACAGCUUCUCGCUGUUCGUCGACAAGACCACCGGGCAGUUUCUGUGCAAAGACACGCUGGUGGAAGGCAGCUGGGAGGACCUGCAGGACUGCCUGGAGGUGAUGCAGAAGGACGAGCGGGACUCGCUCAGUCCCCGCGUGCUGCUGGGGUAUCCGGAGAGCGUGGAGGAGCUGGAGGAGAGCGAGAGAGAGCUGAGGGAGGUGCAGAGGGUCUGGUCCAGCUCCGUGCCCUUCGCUGACCUUCCUGAGGACGAGGCCCAGCUGAUUAAAACCAUGUUCCAGAUCACAAAGAUCUCCAAUGCAACACUGAGGAAGUUUGGCGUGAGACUCUUCAAGCCCACAAAGAGCCUGGUGUUCCCCUGGUUCGGCGGGCCUGACUCGUCCCUGAAGGGGGUGAAGCUCCUCUCCGCUCAAAGCUCGGACGCUGAAAAAGUGACUUAUAACGAAGCCACGAUGCCAAAGUCGAAUUCUUACUACAACCUGUUUGGCCUCCCCCUGGUGGGCCGCAUGGACCCGGAGGUCGUCCUGACGGGAAGUGAGCUGGACACUCUGGCUGUGAGUCAGGCCACGGGACUCCCCAGCGUCGCGCUCCCCCGCGGCGUCAGCUGCCUCCCGCCCAUCCUGCUGCCGUACCUGGAACAGUUCAAGCGGGUGACGCUGUGGCUGGGAGACGACAUCCGCUCCUGGGAGGCGUCCAAGAUCUUCUCGCGCAAGCUGGGUCUGCGGCGCUGCUCGCUGGUGCGGCCCGGGGAGUGCAGGCCGUGUCCCGUGGAGGCGCUGGCCCUCGGGAAGAACUUGAACAACAUCAUCAAGUCGUCCAUCCCGGCCGCUCACAAGUCCAUCGUGUCCUUCAAGCAGCUGAGAGAGGACGUGUACGGGGAGCUGAUGAACACCGAGCAGGUGGCCGGGGUGAAGUGGGCGAGGUUUCCUGAACUCAACAGGAUCCUGAAGGGACACCGCAAAGGAGAGCUGACCGUUUUUACAGGUCCUACAGGCAGCGGUAAGACCACCUUCAUCAGCGAGUUCACGCUGGACCUUAGCAUGCAGGGGGUCAACACGCUAUGGGGCAGCUUUGAGAUCAACAACGUGCGUCUGGCUAAGAUCAUGCUGACACAGUUCGCCAUGCAGAGGCUGGAGGAAAACCUGGAGCAGUACGACUUUUGGGCAGACAAGUUCGAGGAGCUGCCCCUCUACUUUAUGACUUUCCACGGGCAGCAGAACAUCAAGACAGUGCUGGACACGAUGCAACAUGCCGUCUACCUGUAUGACAUCAACCACGUCGUCAUUGACAACCUGCAGUUCAUGAUGGGCCAGGAAAACCUCUCAGUGGACAAGUUUGCAGUCCAGGACCACAUCAUCGGAGCCUUCAGAAAGUUCGCAACCAACAGCAGCUGCCACGUCACUCUGAUCAUUCACCCGAGGAAGGAGGAGGACGACAGAGAACUGCAAACAGCGUCCAUAUUUGGUUCGGCGAAGGCCAGUCAAGAAGCCGACAACGUCCUCAUCCUGCAGGAGAAGAAGCUGGUGACGUGUCCCGGCCGCAGGUCGCUGCAGGUGACCAAGAACCGCUUUGACGGAGACGUGGGCAUCUUCCCGCUGGACUUCAUCAAGUCCUCGCUCACUUUCUCCACCCCCAAGGGCAAACACAAGCUGAGGAAGGUCACGGUCAAACCAGAGAGCGAGGAGGCCGAGCAGGGGGACGAGGCGCCGAAGGUGGAGGAGGUCAAAAAGGAAAAAGCGGCAAAAACGACAAAGACUCAGAGAGCUAACAAGAAUCCUGCAGCUGGAAGUGAGAUCAUGCAGAAGAAAAAAUAAUGCAAAGACGGUUGUUGUUUUGUGUUACUGUAUUUGGAAAAGCAGGUCGAGGUCAUCAUGAAAAAGAUAUCAUGGGCGCCAUUUAACGUUCAUAACACAAGGUCCAACCGAGCCAUCAUAGAGUUUAUGAAAUAAUAGUUUGGAUUGUAAUUCAGAAUUAAACAUUCAGUUAAUAAUCCAGAAAAGUUUAGAUAACUAAAGAUUAAUUUCUACCAGCCAGAAUGUGAAAUAAUGAUUUAAAGUGUUUUAUGUUAACCUACUAAACAGUUUGUAAGCUUCACAGUGUUCUCCGUUAAAGAUGAAAUGCUACGUCAAUCAUUUCAAAGAUAUCAUGACACUGUCAGCUGUCACUGUAACGUCAACAAUCUCAAACUGUCCACAUGAGAGGAUGACAUCUACCCUGACGUAUCACCAGAAUGUGUUUUCUACUGACUUCUUUUCUACAAGUUGAUAAAUGAGCUGAUUUUU